AGUAAUGGGUACAAUAGAGGUGGUUUUUCAAUAUCAUAGAGCACCUUCUAAUCAGCUUCCCAUAUAUUCCUAGUACUAGUAAACGUUUACUUAAUUUGAUUUGAAAUUUGUUUGUAUGUCUAUAAAAGCCUUAGUGCUUUACUUUCCCUUUACCAAAACAUUUUGUUUGAGCUCUCCAUCUUCUACUUUCAAUUGAUUAGCAAAGCAAAGUUUCACUAUUAUAAGUUUUGUUCAAGCAAAUCUCAUCAAAUAGCAACUUACUCUUCAACAACGUGAAGGUUCGACAGCUCAAUUUCACCCUUACAGACAUUUCUUCCACCAGAAUUUUCUCCUAAAAUACAUAUUAGUCUUCACCAAUUGAAGAGCACGGAUCCCGCCUCAGAGAGCACUAAUGGCGAAGGAAGCAGCUGAAUUACGAAGCAAAAAUCAACGAGGAACUAAGGAAAGUGCAGCAGUAACUGAAAAUUUUGGAGGUAAACAAUUGAGCCCUAAUAUCAAUGAAAUAGUACCAGGAAAGCUGGGAAAUGGAAAGCAAAAGGAAAUCGAAGCAAUUCAAGUAUGGGAAGAAGUUCAGGAAGCAUCAACAAGCAGUAGUCCAACAUUGCAUGCGCGAGAAGGAAGGAAGUCAUGGGCUGAUGAAGCAGAGGAGGUGAAUGAAGAACAGGGGAAGAAGAGUUCAGUGUGGGACAACUUUGAUAUUGCAAAAAUAUCAAACGCUGGAUACAAACUGGAGUACGUCCAACCAAAAAUGACUGCAUCUACAGCAUCUAUCAUGUGCGGGGAGGUAUUUGUGUUCAUCAAAAAUAAAGGAUGGGAUAUAUUUUAAAAUUCGUCAAACUGAAUUUAUGGGAUCCAUACAUGGGAUUUGAGAAAAAAGCCGAAAUCCUUAAAAGAAAAACAGAACAAUUGAUCAGUCGAAGAAAGGAUAUCAUGGAUGCAGUAAAAGAUGCAGAACUUCAUUCCAGCAAAAAAAGAAAGGCAGAGGUUGACAAUUGGAAAAAAGACGUCGAAAAUCUGGAAAACAUUCUCGGCAUAUACAAGGGAAGAAUGACUUGUGAUUCUAUUCAACGUAUAACAUUUCGGCAUUGUGGGAAUCCAAAGAGACUUCCAUUUACUCUUCCUCUUAUAAAUGGGCAGCCAUCAGCUCCUCCAGCACUUGAAGAAAUCAAAAUGAUUAGAAAAGAAUGGGAAUCUUUGGAAUGGGACCAUCCUCAAUUCAACAACGUCCUCCUUCUUUUUGUCAAACAUUAGCUUUUUCAAUUUUACUUGGUCGCUCUUGCUGCGUUGAUGUCUCAGUUUGUCGUACAGCUUGUUUGGAGGGUUGUUAUGUAUCGUUUCAUAAUCUAUCGUACAAUAUUGUGUUGUAUUUAAUGUAUCGUUUUGAUGUAUUGGAGUAAUAAUUUGGAACACUUUUUGUUGUCAUCAUUUGGAUGGAUUUGCUAGU